CCGGAAGAGCACCGUAGACAAGCUCUGCCGCUCCCUCAUCGCCAUUCACAGGCGCGUUCUUCAGCGUACUAGGAGCAGAAAAAAGCAGGACACGAUGGCGGAGCAGGAACCUACCCCUGAGCAGCUGGCAGCGUUGGCGGCAGCGAACGAGGAGGAGGGGGGGGUGAACUACAAGCCCCCCGCCCAGAAGAGCCUGGCAGAGAUCCAGGAGCUGGACAAGGAUGACGAGAGCCUGCGCAAGUACAAGGAAGCUCUGCUGGGGAACGCCCAGGCAGCUGCAGUAGACCCCAGCGCCCCCAACGUGCAGGUGACCCGCCUGACCCUGAUGUGUGAGACCGCCCCCAACCCCCUGACCCUUGACCUCCAGGGUGAUCUGGAGGCCUUUAAGAAGCAGUCGUUUGUGCUGAAGGAGGGAGUGGAGUACAGGAUAAAGAUAAGCUUCAAGGUGAACAAGGAGAUCGUUUCUGGGUUAAAGUACGUCCAGCACACCUACAGAAAAGGAGUGAGGAUUGAUAAGUCGGACUACAUGGUGGGCAGCUACGGCCCUCGGCCCUCUGAGUACGACUUCCUGACUCCGCUGGAGGAGGCCCCUAAGGGCAUGCUGGCCCGCGGCACCUACAACAUCAAGUCCAAGUUCACCGACGACGACAAGCACGACCACCUCUCCUGGGAGUGGAACCUCAACAUCAAGAAGGACUGGAAGGACUGAGACCGCUGCAUUUGCCCUCCCUCCCUCCAUCUUUCUCCCCUUGAGAUGAGAGGUGGAGAACUCUUCUCUCUACCUCCUCAUCUUUUAUCUAUCCCCUCUUUCCUUCUCUUCUUUCUUUUUCCUUCUUUUCAUUAUUUUGGGAUUCUCGAUCGAUGCCGUUGAUAAAGUGAUGAAGGGUCUUGCUCUCUCCGUCCAUCCCUCUUUCGCCCCUUCAUCCCUCAUUCACCCCUUCAUCCCUCAUUCACCCCUUCAUCCUCUCAUUCCCAUCACUUCAUCAUUCCAUUUCUUUUCUUAUUUUAUUCCUUUUCUAAUGAGUAUCGAGUCUUGACAAUAUAUUUGUAUGGAGACGGCAAACAAUGUUCUCAAUCAUGGUUUUGUGUGUUGACUUGUUUGUAUAUAAAAGUACAAAGAACAAAAACACUUAAAAAGAAAAAAGAUUCAUCUGUUGAUGCUCUUUAUAUGAAUAUUCCUGGAGUUUAGAUUUGUGAAUUUCAUUGUCCUUUUCUCUUUCAUUCCCUUUUUCAGUUUUGCCUACCUGUUUGUCUGAAUUUUAUAUAUGACCAUGUUCUGCCUUAGAGUAGUAACCAUGGGCAAUGCUGUUGUUGACCCAUGUCCAUGGUAACUAGUUCUAGAACCUGUCUGUGGAUGCUAUGAUUGAACGUUAUCCGGCCUCUUGUACAGAAACACUUGAGUUUCACACCUGUGGCUGUUUUGUACUGAUGUUAUCUCUAGCCAAUCAGAGGCCCUCUAGCACCCUGGUCACGGUGUGAGCGGGACUUCCCCUCCCUCAUCCUGAAGCCUUGUGGCCUUUGGUGGAAUCUCAGCAGACAGUCCUUGAUUCCUUCCCCCACCACCUGCUUCCUUAUCUCUGUUCAAACCAUCAGAAGAGAGGGACUGAGGGGAGGAUGCAAGGAGGGAGUGUUGAGGCUCAGCCCAGUUGUAGCUGGUAUAGUCACCUAGCUAGAGCCUUUACAGUCCUGACAGACCAGGAAGCAGUGAGACAUGAGGUUAGAUCACUGCACCACUAGGCAACUAGGAACCAGAGGACACCGGUUUUAUAACCUGGUGUCACCGAGGAGGGUGGAGUUAGUACCUUUUCAAACUUAUAUAGCUCAAAAACAGGGUAAACCCCACCCAUGGGGGCUGGACCGUGACACCUAGUGGUAGCCCUUAUUCUCUGGGGGUGUAAUUCCACCAGAUGGUUUUGUUGAUGACUGUUAUGUCACUGUUUGAUCACAUUGCUAGCUACAUUGUUCAUGUUAAGGACCUGGCUCACAUUGACCACAUCUAUUUUGGUCAAAUGUCAUCUAACCAGACAUCAGUGUUGUCAGGUGACCCAGACUGCCUCAGAAGAUAGUUAGGUGUGUGUGUGUCUCAUCUGGGCUGUGAGGAAUUCCACACGAUGGCUGUCCCAGAACUGACCUUUAUUCCCCCUCUGCUGUAGAACAUCCAUCAAUGUCUGUGCCUUUUUAUAUAACAGCUCCCAUCUCCACACACACACACACAGGCCUGGGCUGUACUCUACACCUCUAUCCCUCUGAGGUGACAGACAUCAGAUACCAGGAGAGGUGUUAGCUACAGUGUGUUGAGUGUCCCCAGUUUGAACUUUGACCCCCGCGUAAAUACGCACAGGCCUGUACUUCACCCAGGCCCUCUCCAGGCUUCAUAUUUGUAUACACUCCAGCGUCAUGGUGACGUGUCCCGUAGUUCAGCUAGUUAGGGGGCGGUCUCACAGUACACCAAAUCAGGUGUCCAUGACAAUGUUAACAAUGUUUCCUCUGGUUGGGAUUCUGUCUGUGUAUACGUUGUGUGUUUGUAUCAGCUGGCAGAUGUCUGCUCACCGUGUCGACAAUAAAGUGUUGAGACCCGAACA